AAUUCACAUCCACAACUAUGUUGUGAGGGUAUUGUUUCCACCACAUAAAAUGGACAUACGCUUUUCAUAUACCCCUUAACUGGUUGCUACGGAAAUGUAUACAAUUCGGUGAACAGCCACACCUCGACAAAACUCAUAUGUAUAAGUAUCACGAGAGUUUCUCUGCAGAAGAGUUGUUCUCGCGGUGUUUCUAUGGUUGCAGGGGUAAACAAUACAUUGCUCAUGCUGGUAACUUUGGAUUAAGGAACGCUAUUUAAGUAAAAAUGCAUGUUCUUCUUCUUCCCGUGUUUCCAUAGUGAUGUUAAGCAGUCCACUUCAAUGCCUGUUCUACAAAAGCUCAGAUGGGAUAAACCCAGCUGAAGCUUGAGGCACCUCUUUUACAGAAAAUGGUAAGAAGGGUAACCGCCACCCAAAAAGAAGAAAGGUAGUGGGAAGAAGAAGUCAGCAAAGGGAAAGAAAGGAGCAACUGUCGUAGAUGGCGUUUCAACUGAGGAGAUGACCAAGGAACAGCUAGAAGAGCAUAUUGUGCGUCUGCGGGAGGAGCUGGACAGGGAACGAGAGGAACGUAACUAUUUCCAACUAGAACGGGAUAAAAUUCAUACGUUUUGGGAGAUAACACGUAGGCAGCUUGAUGAGAAAAAGGCAGAGCUACGCAACCGAGACCGGGAGAUGGAGGAAGCAGAGGAAAGGCACCAGGUGGAAAUCAAGGUGUAUAAACAGAAAGUUAAGCACUUACUGUAUGAACAUCAGAACAAUAUCUCUGAGUUGAAAGCUGAGAAUACUGUUACCACGAAGCUAGCACAGAAGGAACACCGCACACAGGAAAGUGAGCUGCGCAAAGACAUGAGGACCCUCAAAGUGGAACUAAAAGAACAGGAACUUUCCAGUGAGAUGGUGGUGAAGAACCUCAAGAUGAAGCAUGAUGAAGAGAUUACCAAACUACGGAAUGAUUUUGAGAGGCAAGUGCGAGAGAUAGAGGAAAAAUAUGAGAAAAAAAUGCGAGCACAGCGAAAUGAAUUGGAGCUGCGGAGAAAGACUGAGAUACAUGAGAUUGAGGAAAGGAAGAAUGGUCAGAUUAACACACUGAUGAAGAACCAUGAGAAGGCCUUCAGCGAUAUCAAGAAUUACUACAAUGAUAUCACACUCAAUAAUUUGGCCCUUAUCAACUCAUUGAAGGAGCAAAUGGAAGAGAUGAAGAAGAAGGAAGACCGCCUUGAGAAGGAGAUGGCAGAGGUACAGCUGCAGAACAAGCGACUAACAGAGCCCUUACAGAAGGCAAGGGAUGAGGUUGCAGAGCUGCAGAGACAACUGGCCAACUAUGAGAAGGACAAGGCUUCUCUUGCAAACACCAAAGCCAGGCUGAAGGUGACAGAUAAAGAAUACAAAGACUUAAAAUGGGAACAUGAAGUCCUUGAACAGAGAUUUGUUAAGGUACAGGUGGAGCGGGAUGAACUAUAUCAGAAGUUUGUCAAAUCAAUACAUGAGGUUCAACAAAAGUCAGGCUUUAAGAAUCUUCUGCUGGAACGAAAACUACAAGCUCUCACUGACACACUGGAAAAGAAAGAGGCACAGCUCAAUGAAGUGCUUUCAGCCUCAAAUCUGGAUCCUAGUGCUCUGACUAUUGUUACUCGCAAGCUAGAGGAUGUUUUGGAUUCCAAGAAUACUGCUAUUAAAGAUCUCCAGUAUGAACUGGCUCGGGUGUGCAAGGCUCACAAUGAUUUGCUGAGAACAUAUGAAGCCAAGCUGCAAGCCUUUGGAAUUCCCACAGAUGAGCUAGGAUUUAACCCACUAGAAACCACAAUGGCUGGACAGAAUCUAGGAAAGGGAGCAGCAGGACUUGUUGCUAUGCCAACAUAAGAGGAUCAUGAACAGACUGUGUAAUCAUCCAUUCUCCACUUGCCUCAGAAUAAGAAAAUCCUCUCAGGAAUGCUUAAGCAGCUCUACAGGAACACUAAAUACUCUAUAAUAAAAUUAAACAUAUUUUAUUCUUUUAAA